AUGGUCAACUCCUGUUGUGGCUCUGUCUGCUCUGAGCAGGGCUGUGAUCAAAGUCCCUGCCAGGAGAGCUGCGGCCAGCCCAGCUGCUGCCAGACUACCUGCUGCAGGACCACCUGCUGCCGCCCCAGCUGCUGUGUGUCCAGCUGCUGCAGGCCCACCUGCCAGACCACUUGCUGCCGCCCAGUCUGCUGCCAAACCACCUGCCGCCCCAGCUGUGGAGUGUCCAGCUGUUGCCGCCCAGUCUGCUGCCAGACCACCUGCCGCCCCAGCUGUGGAGUGUCCAGCUGCUGCCGCCCAGUCUGCUGCCAGACCACCUGCCGCCCCAGNCGCCCAGUCUGCUGCCAGACCACCUGCCGCCCCAGCUGUGGAGUGUCCAGCUGCUGCCGCCCAGUCUGCUGCCAGACCACCUGCCGCCCCAGCUGCGGAGUGUCCAGCUGUUGCCGCCCAGUCUGCUGUCAGACCACUUGCUGCUGUACAACUUGCUGUGGCCCCUCUUGCUAA